AUGCACAAUAGAAAACAAGGAGAAUCACAUGAUAUCUUUCAUGACAAUCUCUCAUCCUCUUCACCACCAACAAAUAUUAGUAAAUCUGCUCAUCCCUCCGAAAUAUUAGAGAAUCAAGUAGACAAUUCAUCAGCUAAAUUUAAUUUACAUGGCGAAACUGAUUUGAAUACAACAAGCAAAACAACUAGUUGCUGCUUUUGUUGUUCGUGUUCUCCCUUCGGGAUGAGAAUGAUUCGAGCGGCUUCAUUGAUGGGAUUACUUUUACUAAUAAUUGCCUUCUUUGUGUGGGCUUUACCCUUGUUGCGAUUGGUUUAUUGGAAUUCGAAACACUUCUCUCAGACUGGAUUGAGAAUAUUAGAGGCAAAUUCAAAAAUUAGUCCUCUGGAGGAACGAAAUCUUGUAGAAAAAGUGGAAAAGGAGAGUGGAAUUCAUUUAAUUAAUAGGAAAGGAUUGGAAUUAUUUGGAUUGGAAUCAUCUGAAAUUCUGAAAGAUUUCUCAGUAUUGUAUCAAUUGAAAAUUGUCAUGCAAGAGAGAAGGAUUGGGGAUAAGCUAUUUCCAAUUAUUGAUGACAUUAUUGAGAAUUUCUAUAAAAAAUUAUUGAUUAGACCAAGUACCAUCACCAGAUCCAUUCAUCAAACUUACAAGACAAAGGAUUUAAAUUUAAUGCCAGAGCACUGGAAGGAUUCUCCAGAAAGGUGGGUCCAAUACAAAGACUUGUAUGUCAAUGAUUAUUUGGAUGAUAAGAUUGAUCCAGAUUUGAGAAGGGAGGUUUCUGUUACAUAUAAUUACAAUUUAUGGAUUGAUGAGGAGAUGGAUCAAUUUGUUCAAUCAAGUGAUUGGAAGUCAGUCUCAGAAUUUAAUGAGAAUUAUUAUGACUCAUUCUUUAAGAGCAUUCCAAUGAAAAUUCAAAAGAUUGAUGCUAUUAGAUAUUGUUGGCUUUCUAGAAUUGGAGGUAUAUACAGUGAUUUAGAUGUUAGACCGAUAAGGGAUAUUGAAGAGCUAUUAAGAUAUUUGGAACUCUACCAUAUCAUUGAAGCAUUCAAACAAAAGAAUUCUAAUCAAGUUUUAACAUUGAAGGAAAAGUUCCACAAAAUGGUUCAAUACCUCAAAGAUUCAUUAGAAACAGGAUCCAAUGAAUCAAAAUUUGAGCCAGAAUGGCAGAGUAUUCAGAUAGAGUUUCAGAGAAUUGCAAAAAUGAAACCAAAAUUUUCAGCAGUAGUUCCAAAAACAUAUCCAUUCGGAAUUUCUAAUGAUUUUUUGAUUGGGGCACGCAAUUCUGAAUUCUUCCAAUUUGUGGUUCAGAGAUCAGUGGCUGAGUUUUCUAGAUGGAAGUUAUUAAGCUACAUUCCAAUAGCUAGAUAUGCCUAUGUUAUGUUAACAGGAGGUCCACUUUUCCUCUCAGAAUGUUACAGACAGUUCACGUUAGAAAAGGCAAAGAAAUGUAAGUAUUGA